CUGUUUUUUUGUUGUUGUUUUUUGACGUUAAUGUUUUGUCAAUUUGAAGUCUUUUCAUCAUCAAGGAGCCUGCCUGGUCAUGUUCAUUAUACAAAUAAAAAAGCAGCUCUGCCAAAACAUUGUUUUGUGAGCCGGUCAAGCCCAUACACGUUUUAAUAAGCUCAUUUUCAUGUUAACCUGGUAAAGUUUCUGGGACUGCCAGCAGCACACACACAUGGAAACCAGCUGGAGGAAACCAAAAUCCCCUAAUCACUGCAUGCUGGUGUUGUUGAAGACGCAGGUGUCAUAUUUCUCUCUGCAGUGGGUCUGGAAAAGAUCAUGCAUGUUGGUGCAUGACCCGUUAUUUAGGACUUCGCCUCUAUAUAGGCAUUGAAUUGUGCUCGAGAACAUCAACAACAGAUUUUCUCCAGAUUUCAUCAGGAGCAAGCGGUUCUUGUGAAAAGGUUGAAGAUGUCCAACUGCACCCUCGAAAUCACCAGCGCAGUCGAUGACCUGCAAAAAGUCACUUCCAUUCCCACCUUCAUGCUUGGAGUCCUGGGGAACAUUUACGUCUUGGUGGUGUUCUGCCGCCGUCCCAGAGCAAAAUGGACCUACAUGAACGUCUACAUCACCAACAUGGCGGUCGCCGACUGCGCUCUGUUGAUGUUUCAGCCCGUUAAGAUGUAUUACUACAGCAGGCAGUUGGAAGGUCAUUUAAAGGCGCUGUGUAAUUUUGUUUUGUUGGUCUACUACGUCAAUAUGUAUGUGAGUAUCUUCAACGUCACGGCCAUAAGCGUGGUGCGGUAUGUGGCCAUCAAGUAUCCCAUGAAGGCCAGGGAAAUCUUCUCUUGCAAGAACGCUCUGGUGGUUUGUGCGCUCAUAUGGUUCACCGUUUGCUUUAUCAGCCCGGUUUACUUCAUAACGGACUCCAGUAAUGACAAGACCAUGUGCUUCCAGAGGGUUAAUGAGCCAUUGUCCUUGCAUUUCGUUUUGUUGUUGGUCAUCGUUGGGUUCCUCAUGCCGUUCCUCAUCAUACUGUUCUGCUCCGUUAGAGUUGUUUGCACUUUAAGGAAACAGUUGGACGUCGGAUCGCGUUCUGAGAAGAUCCAAUGCAUGUUCAUCAUAGUGGCCAAUUUCGUUGUUUUCGUCAUAUGCUUUCUCCCCGUCCACUUGGGUUACUUUGCUAAAUCCAUUGUGCAAAACAAGUACUCAAACGCAGAGGAUAACGACAGCUGCUACUAUAAAAUGUUCGCGCACAACUUCCUGCACAUCACUCUUUGCGUUUCCAAUAUGAACUGUGGUUUGGACUGCUUUAGCUAUUUUUUUGCCACCAAAACAUCAUGGAAUAUGUGCUGCAGGAAUGAGACUAAAAAUAAAGAAGGUGAGUGUAAUUAAAGGGUUUCGGGUUCAGUUACGCCUACGUAAUUCUUUUGACUUGGUUUUGUUUCCUUUUAUGUUUUUUUUGU